CAUAUCAACAUUGGGCACAGGUGGCUCCGUGGCAUGAGAGCUUGACAUCCGAACUUGCCAACUGACUGCAUCACUACUACCGUGAUGGCAUACUAGACGAGACGAAGGGGAAAGAGACUUUCAGAGAUUUGCUUCUCCUCCCCCUCCCCUGAAAUCCUCCUGCCCUGAAUGAAAGUGGUUUGCCCCUUCCUCGAUGGAAAACUGCUGGCGAUGCCCAUGCAUGAUGCCUUUUUGAGUACGCCAAGAGGGUAGGGGAAAGGAGCAGGCAAUAUCCAGGAAGAGUGGAAGAUCCUACUGUACAAUCUCAAUAGUGUCUGGCACGCAACUAGAAUCAUGAUGCGCUGUGUAGCAGUGUUCCUGCUGGUGGUGUUUGUCUGCAGUAAGGCAGACGUCUACAUGCACAACCCAAGAGGAUCAAACAACAGACUUAACGAAAGAUCUGCCAAUCGCCAAAAUGGCAACAGAAUGUUUGACUCCCAGAAUAACAACAGAGGUGGUUACAAUGUGGGCGAUUCAACAAGCCAAGCAUCCAACAAUGAAGAUCAGCAGUAUCGAAUGAAAUAUUUUGAGAGUGGUCCCUACAAGACCAUGGUCGCCAAUGGUCAGCUGACCGGCCAGGGACAGAGCCUCAUGACCGUGGAAUGGACCAAUCAGCACGGCUGCGGGGGUGACGAAGACACCGACCCCCACAAGCUCAACUGUAACAUCGUCUUGCAGUACAUGUGCCAAGACGAUGCAGCUACUGCAACAGGUGAUGAUGACACAAUCCGCAACGGACGCACCACCCAGACCCAGAACCACCAGCGCAUCAACAACCUCAACGAGAACCAGAAUCAGGCCAACAACCGCAAGAACAACGCCGUGAGGGAUGACCGCGGCCUGCACGAGACCUGGGACUGGUAUGACAAGUGUUACAACAGGGAACGCAACAUGGGGCUGUUCACAGCUGACCAGAAGCUGAAAACCAACAACGGCAAUGGCUACAGCUCGGCCAUCUACACCCGCCAGAACCCCAAUGGCAACCGGCGUGGCUAUGAGUGCCCCGAAGAGAGGGACUAUUACCCUUACUGGCACCCUUCCCCCUGGAGGGACAUGGCCCUCCUCGUCAGUAAUAUGAGUCUGUGCGAGUUCUACCAGUCAGAGAGCUUCAAUGUCAAGACAAAGUACGAGUGCGUCGAAACCUAUGGAAACGGUCAAGCCAAGCACUGGUCCCGGUGGAACAAUGAAGCUGACUGCACCGAGAAUGGCGGCCAGUGGCUGGCUUUCACAAACUACCUGGAAAAAGCUCCCCAGUAUAACAACGAGGCAGCCUGUGAAGCAAGGUCUGGAACCGAUGGGGUACGGUACGUCUGGGGCCGGCCGGAGGGAGAAAUGGCUGAGCAGUGCCUUGUGGCCGUGGACCCUCCAGACUGCCAACCAGCACCCUGGACACGCGUCAAUCACCUGGGCAACACCAGAGGCGGGAAGGCCAGCCGCUAUGAGUGGACCAUACCGUACUUCCCAUCUGGCAAUGAUCAGCGAUGCGUCAUGCGACUGAGAUACAAUAUCACCACGGAUGACUACGAUCCCAUCAAUACCGAUGCCAGUCAAAAUCAAGACAUAAAUGCUGGCGUACUGUCUCCUAUUCAGCAGAAUCCAUAUGUGGAUAUCGGCGCUGACAGGCUGGCCCUGCGCUUGGCUAUCAACACGGCCCAGUAUGGCCGCACCUUCCAGGACCGAUCCCACGCCUUCCUGAUACGGCAGCGCCCCAAUGUCCCAGACAUGGCAGCGGCCAAGAUCUACAACCUCAACGUGCGGGGAAAGCGGGGUAACAUUGUUCAAGUGUACCCGGCCGUUGAGUACGACUUCAUCCCCAACGACCUGGAGAUCAACGAAGGAGAUCUCGUCCAUAUGCAGUGGACAGGCUCCAACACCCACAACAACAAUGCACCUGGAGGGGAUGGUCAGACGGGGGAUGCUGGCGAAGGAAGAGGAGGCACGGAUCGCUCCAACAUUGUACAGAUACAGGACAGGCUGGACAAUUUCCCCAUGCCCUUUGAGCAGACCACCAUGUGGACUGGGGCGCAGGUCAGGUGGAUGUACACAGGGAAUGCCAACAUAGCACCCAUGGACCUGGCAGUCAAUGCUGGCAGCUCUGGUUACUACCAGUGCAUGGAGGCUGCCACCUGCAGGGGCGAAUCAGUCCAGAACAAGAACAAGCUGAACAACCAGCUGAACAAUGCACCGGCAUCCUACGAGGGCGCCCUGGUCCAGUUUGCCAAGGGCGAGUACUUCUACAUGGGCAGCCGCAACAACAACUUCAGCAACCGCAGCCAGAAGGGGCGGCUGAUGAUCAAGUAGGAGUGCUCCAGCCACAGCGGGCCGGCACCUGAUCCCCACUGGACACUCCGUAAAUGAAACUAUGCUAUGGCUUUGAUGAGCGCUGCUCUGCAUGUGGGAGCAAGGGUUUCCUCUGGACUACCAAUGAGGAUGAGGUGGAAAGAAAGAAAAUCCAAGUGCAUUGCCGACAUGGUCAAAGAUAAAAGUUUAUCAUGAAUGUAUGCUCAUAGUGCUUUUAUUGUCUUAUCACAUUUCCUUUAAAUAACUAGCCUUGUAGCCUGUGUUAGUAGCCACAGUAAUCCAAAUUAUAAAUUACUAAAAUUUCACUUUUUUUGUUUUAGUUUUUUGAGAUGGCAAUAUUUGCCCAAAAGACUGGGAUUGUUACCAAAGAGUGUUGUCGAGUCCAUCACAAGUCAUGUUAGUCUUAAGCCAAGUCACAUGGUUUUUCCAAAUAAAAUGAAUAAAAUGCAUUGCUUUUGGAAUUGUCCCACCUGCUUCUGGUGACCAGCCUCAUGAAAGACAGGUCUUGUCAACAUGCAAUCGACUUGACUCCAACACUAAGUGAGCUGGGCAACCGUGUGCCUGAAUAGGCAUGGGAAACCCUGGUGGGAGCUAAUGAGCACUUGACUGUCCUAACCGUGGAUGGAAGUGUGCCCCCCCCCAUUACGUAUCUUAUCUCACACUGCCAGUCUCUCCCUUUCUCACUGGAGGUGUAGUUCAAGUGGGAUGCUGG